UCAUAAUCGAGUUGGAAUCCACACACAGGCUUCAGCCACAGCUCUCACAAAUUGUAACACUUGCUUCAUAGAUAUAGGACCCCUCAAAUGCAAGACUCUGGUGAUUAUAACUCUGGUGAGCAUUCUCGCUCUGCAGAUGUGGGCAUCUGUCGAAGCUCAAGGGCAUGAAUAUGACGAGCUCAAGUUUCAAGCCUUGACAGGCUACGGCGGAGGAUCGAGUGGCGAUGGCAAGUCUCGGAAGGACGGGAGCAGUGGCGGCAAGUAUGGCGGCGCUAGCGACAAAGGAGAUGGCAAGGGAGGAAGGGACGACGGGUGGAAAGAUGGAAACUCCGGGGGCAAAGAUGAGCACGACAAUGACGACGAGGAGUGCCUGUCGAUGGGCUACAAGGGCCGCAAACCUUGCAAGCCUAAGUCUCCCCCUACUCAAGUUCCCGAUUGUAACCCCCCUGCAGCUAAAUCCCCUCCUCCUCCAGUCGUAGUGAAAUCUCCCCCUCCUCCUUCAUACUCACCUCAGUCGCCACCACCACCGGCAAAAUCGCCACCUCCUCCCGUGGUUGUGAAGUCCCCUCCUCCACCUGCGAAAUCACCUCCUCCUCCUGUUGCGGCUAAAUCACCACCACCUCCGGCAAAAUCUCCCCCUCCUCCAUACGUACAGAAGUCUCCACCACCUCCCGCAACUUCCCCACCCCCUCCAGUGGUGGUCAAGUCCCCUCCACCCCCGAUCAUGUCUCCCCCACCACCAUACACAGUUCCAUACUACUAGAUUGGACUUGUGUUCGGGCUGAGAUCUCUUGUCUAUAGAAGUGGUAAAUCAGUGGAGAAUAUCUUACCAGCACUGAUUUGGAUCCGUGAUCGGCAACUCAUACCAGCACUGCCCUCAUCACUCAGAUCCAGGAUAGUGGUGCUCUUUGUAGAAUUUAGAGAUAGAUGAAGUCACUGUGCUUUGAGCGUGACUAGGUUCCUGGAGACUGCCAAUUUUACCUGUUGUCAUGCACGAUCGUUUAGCUUCCUAGAGUAGAAGACAUUCCGUAUGUAAAUUCCACGAGACCGAA